UUGGCUGAUUCAUUCCGGGAUCCAUUCUUCGAGAAAUAGGACUUUGAACAUCCGGAGGUGUGAGGUUCAGUUCUAAAGUGAGUACACUGUGGGGUUUCAGCAUUAGACGCAGUAGUUCGCCUUCUAGUUCAAGAUGCAGAUAUUUGUGAAGACGUUGACAGGGAAGACCAUCACCCUGGAGGUGGAGAGCUCUGACACGAUUGAUAACGUGAAGACGAAGAUUCAGGACAAGGAGGGGAUUCCUCCGGACCAGCAGAGGUUGAUCUUCGCAGGGAAGCAAUUGGAGGACGGCCGCACUUUGGCUGAUUACAACAUCCAGAAGGAGUCGACCUUGCACUUGGUUCUUAGGUUGAGGGGAGGCAUGCAAAUUUUUGUGAAGACGUUGACAGGGAAGACCAUCACCCUGGAGGUGGAGAGCUCUGACACGAUUGAUAACGUGAAGACGAAGAUUCAGGACAAGGAGGGGAUUCCUCCGGACCAGCAGAGGUUGAUCUUCGCAGGGAAGCAAUUGGAGGACGGCCGCACUUUGGCUGAUUACAACAUCCAGAAGGAGUCGACCUUGCACUUGGUUCUUAGGUUGAGGGGAGGCAUGCAAAUUUUUGUGAAGACGUUGACAGGGAAGACCAUCACCCUGGAGGUGGAGAGCUCUGACACGAUUGAUAACGUGAAGACGAAGAUUCAGGACAAGGAGGGGAUUCCUCCGGACCAGCAGAGGUUGAUCUUCGCAGGGAAGCAAUUGGAGGACGGCCGCACUUUGGCUGAUUACAACAUCCAGAAGGAGUCGACCUUGCACUUGGUUCUUAGGUUGAGGGGAGGCAUGCAAAUUUUUGUGAAGACGUUGACAGGGAAGACCAUCACCCUGGAGGUGGAGAGCUCUGACACGAUUGAUAACGUGAAGACGAAGAUUCAGGACAAGGAGGGGAUUCCUCCGGACCAGCAGAGGUUGAUCUUCGCAGGGAAACAAUUGGAGGAUGGUCGCACCCUGGCCGAUUACAACAUCCAGAAGGAGUCGACCUUGCACUUGGUGCUCCGCCUCCGAGGUGUGUACUCUCUUCAAAUUGGUACAAUACACCGGAGACAUGUUCUGAACUUGUGUAUAUGUGGAUAGUGCAGUCCAAUUGUAAGGUUGUCUUCUUGCGCAUCAUGCGGUUCUAACUCUGUGAAAUACGAAAUCUGAAUAUCGACAGAGGAAGGUUGGGGACCGAGUAAGUACAGAUCAUCUCAUGUUGCUAUGUUUGUGUGCUAAAAUAGAUUGAGAAUUGUGUGUAGCUUGGCAGAGAUCCAGAGAAUGGAUAUGAUAAAAAUUGCCUUACUUACAUUCAAGCGAUGUUGAAGUGGUUUAAUUUUGAUAACUUUGAUUAUACUUGGAAAUGAUGUGCUCUACUGCUCAUGGAAUUGAAGAUUUUGGCGGUAGUUGUGUUUGUUUUUCUUUGAAGGAACCCGUGAUUUGCUGCCCUGGUCAUUCUGUGGAAUUUUGCGCAACUCCACUCUGCUCUGAUUUCUCCUACGCCGCGCUCGUUUGCUUGUCUUCUGUACGCUUCAGAAGCUAAGUUAUUUUUUGAUUGUCCUUUGGUGCUCAGCAUUGUUAAUCAGGGAUUGUCAUCUCGAUUCAGUAGGUUUGUUGAGAGUAGCUUCACUCAGGAGCAUGUGAUGUUUUUGCUUAAAUUUGCACAGGGAAGUGCACGAAGCUUUGUUUGUAGAGAAUUGUGAAUAUUUCUCUCUAUUUAACUUAGCACAUGUUCGAUGUAGACGUUAGUAUUGUGAGUGUCAACAAUUCUGUGCGUUUUUUUGCUGAUGUGAUCCUUACAAUGAUUGUCUUAACUAUCAUAUGUUGGUAGAUGGUGUGUUGUUGUUUUUCCUUUAAUCAUCUGCUGGUUUUUAAGGGAGGCUAUUUAAGGAUAUAAAUUGCCUCAUUAAAGGAACAUUGGUUAAUUGAUGAUUUGACUUCCUUAUUGAGCUGGUUAGAUAUAAUCGUCCAGUUGACAUUUAUCCUUGCGACAUGGCAACUCGCAAAACAGCUCCGUCAAGCUCUCAGAAAAUGUAGUGCAGCUGUUACGUGGAUGGUUACAUGGAAGGAAGACAAGCUGAUCGAAGGGGUCCUUGAGAAGCUCGUUUCGUUUCGAUCGGAGGUCGGUACUUUACUUGGAAUUUUGUCGUUAUUUGUUAAAAGCAUUACCAAAGUCAAACACAAUCUACGACUCUUUGGACUUGUAGAAGGACAUAUAAUGAUGGUGUAUGUAGCUGAAGAAGUUCACAUUGACUCGUACGGCUAGUGGUGCAGGGUAAGCGCCAAGUAUUUCUGACGAAUUCCACCCAUGUCAAGGAGGCAUAACAGGGAAAUUUCUAGACAUUAGAGUUUAAUGAUUUAGCGGUUUAACUUACAUGUGUCACGCAUUUCUGAAGUAUCAAAAUAAGAUGAUGCUGUUCAUAGUCCUGCAGCCGUACAUGCCACUCUUCUUUCUGCAGGAGAUCUGUACUUCGUUUGCCGCUGCCGUAUAAUAUGUGUCGAUCAAGCUUUCUUCAAACAAAAGUCAUGACCUAGGCUGAUUAAAUAGUUUUACAUUGAUAUUAAUGUUGCCAGAUCUUUUCCGCCAAAUAUCAUAAUGUCCUGAUGCUAGAGCACUGGAAAUAGAAAAAAGUAGCUAAAAGAUGGGAUGCGUGAGCCAUAUUGUUAUAGUCUGCGGUUGUUUAUUUUUUAUUUCAAAGCAAGUGAGUGAGCUGUCUGGAAUUUUACUGCAAUAAGGUAGUUCACACAAGUGGCCCUCAACUCUUAUGUAAGUUGUCAGUUAUCGUCCUCAUUUACAUUCCUCUUCUUUUCGUAGUCACCCUCCAUGAACUGCUGAUCUGAAGCUGCAUUAUGUACCUCUUUGCAUCUUGUUCUGAGUUCUCUUAGUAAAUAUCUUUGCAAACUUUUGAACGUGGCAACGGUUUUUGAACAUGUGAAAUUGGCAUUUAGUUGGAGCUCAAAUAAGCUGGUAUCAAUUGCGUUGUAGGCCCACAUGCUUUUCUUCAACAUUGUUCGGAUUUGAUGAUUGAUCUGGUAUGUUAAACAUGUUCUGCACACUUUAGGGCUAUUUUAUUGGCUUCAUUUCACUGUGUGGAUAAAUGCAGGUGUGUAAGACUGUGGGUUGGCUAUAAAGUUGCAAUUUACAUCUGUGGACCUUCACAGGAAGAUACAACGAAAACAGUCGCUCUAUCACUUGGUCAGAUUACGGGGAACGACCUUGAUGUAUGUUUCCCAUAGAACUGAAAUGAAGCAUCCGUCUAAUUGCCAAUCUUGUACUCUGAAACGCCAUCUUCCUUUUUACUAGUUGGUUUCUUCAAUCUAAUUCUUACUGAACAAGUCUUUCUGAAACAUCACUUGCGAGGGUGGCAGCUGUAAUGGUGGAAUUCGAUUAAUAUGACAAUUACUACGGGCUUCAGUAUCCGGUUCUGUAUCUUUGUGGAUAUCCUGGGUGCAAAUUCAUCAACACCAGCUAUGAUCCCGUUUUUUCCCGAAUGACGACAAUGGGGAAACUUACUUUCAAUGUUGGUUUUUCAAAUUGAAUUUCUGAAGGGUUGUAAUCUGUUUGAAUCACUUGACGGACCUGCUAAUUUGUGCAUUGAUUCGUACGUUUACACUUUUGAUAUUUGUAUUGGUUUAUAUGUUAACAAUGUGGAAAAAGCAAUUACUGUGAAGACUUUUGGUUGGUACAGGAGCUGUAUUCGUGGUCGGUGCCAUAAAAGACAAUGAAGGACAAGCCUGUGGUUGCAAAGCCCUCGCUUUUCAUGUUGCAACAGAGUACAGCACCCAUCCUUUACCCACAGUCUUUCUGUCCCUCUUAUAAUAUUUGUCAUUAGGUUAUCAUUUCACAUCUUACAGAGCUUUCAGAUCUUCCGGUUUGUGGAUGAAACAGUUCUGAUGGGCUCUACCACGCUGUAGGAGGUUGAAUUCAAAGCCUUCAAAGAUAAAUGUAUGUGAAUGUGAAUACAUAUACACACACACAUGUAUGUAUAUAUAUAUAUAUAUAUAUAUAUAUAUAUAUAUGUAGAGACUGAUUGUAGGCUGACAUCCUUUAUGGCCAAGAUGGAAGUUGCGCAAUCCUCUCCUUUCUUUCAAGUAACCGACCGUGUGCAAGUACUUCUACAAUGUGAGCAACUAAUGACCAUCAUUUGUUUUAGCAUUGCUACAUCUGAAGUUUUUAUGUUUUUCCUGCAUGCACAAAGGCUUGUAGACUGGAAUUUUACAAGUGGUACCGCGUUGAAGAUACAUCAUAGUGCAGAUAACCAAAUCCAAACUGACACUACACAAACAAAACUCCAGAUAUUCUGGCUACUAAAUACGCCGUGAAUGUUUGAGCAUAUUCGACACACAAAGACACUUUCAAUAGCUUCUACUGUUCCCUCGUGACUCUAGAAAUACGACGAUGUGGUUUAUGAUAGCUUGUUUGAUAGGUUUGGUCGACAAGCGGAAAGGUAAAAGAUGUGUUGCUAUGGAGCAGCUCACUGGUAAUUUGUUAAAUAUAGCUCUUAUUGAGGCUAUGAUGGAACUGAAGGCAAAUUUUAUCCAAA